AUGAGCUCGAUCGAGCUGAGUUGGACCAAGGAUUGGGGGAUCACGUUCUUGGCAAAGGGAGAGAAGAAGAUGGUGACCUUUAGGCAGCUUGAGAUCUGUUUGGGUUCACUAUGGAGAAGGUCCAAGGCUGCUCAGAUCAGGAGCCCAGUGCUUGAGAUAUGUGCACAAGGCACUUGCCAACACCUUCUUUGCAAGGAAGGCACUGGGACAAUCAAUGAGGGAGAAGUGAAGCUCCUUGACAUGGGAAUCAAGCCCAUCAUCUCACGCACAAGGAUGGGAAGAAGAUCAGAGGAGAUAGACACACAGGGAACUCAUGCCUCUCCUUGA